UUUGCACAUGUGGACCAAAACGCACAUUUCGCACAACGUGCACAUAAAUGCGUGGGAAAAAUCGCAGCCAUGUUGAAAAGUUUCCUAACUUUUAGAUAAAUUAUCGCUUCAAUGUCGGCUGUAAACCGAAAAACUCUCGAUAAACGAUUUAAAUUUAGCGAAGGGGAAAAAGUACUUUGUUUUCAGGGUCCUUUGGUCUACGAAGCAAAAUGUUUGAAGCUGGAGGCGAGCGAUGACGAAACAGCUUCGUAUUUCGUCCACUAUAACGGUUGGAAUAAACAUUGGGACGAAUGGGUGCCGGAGUCACGUGUUAUGAAGUAUAAUGAAACUAAUCUACAAAAACAGAAAGAUUUAUUGAAGCAGUUUGGUAAAGAAAAGUCAAGGGGAAGCAGUGAUGGCAGAGAAAGACCAAAACGUUCAAAAUCAGUCAAAGAAAAAGCAAAAGUCGAAAAAGAACCAGAAACUAAACCAGAAGUUCGGAGAACCAGCGUCGACUUAAAUGUAACGAACAACCAAAUCAACCAGGAACCAAAACGUAAAAAAGCUCGAGUUGAAUCUGUUGAAGAGAAGGAAGAAAUUGAAAUUGUGCACGAGAUGUUUGAUACGAGUCUAAAUAUCCCACAUGAGUUGGGUGUUAUGUUGGCUGAUGACUGGGACUUAAUUAAUCAUCAGAAACAACUUUAUGAUCUCCCUGCUAAGGUUACUGUGGAAGAUAUUUUGAAUAAAUAUCUAGAAUCGAGGAACAAUCUAUCCAUUGUUACGCAACAAUCGUCAAUUCAGUUGAAAGAGAUGGUGCUUGGUUUAUCUGAAUACUUUAGUGUCAUGUUAGGUUCACAACUUUUGUAUAAAUUUGAACGGCCACAAUUUGGGGAUAUAUUAGAUAAAUAUCCUGGUCGCACAGCAAGUCAAAUAUAUGGCUGUCCACAUUUUUUAAGAUUUUUCGUCCGCAUGCGUUCGACCAUUUCCUCACAAUCUUUAUUAAGUAAUAAUAGCUUGGUGAUUUUAAUCACUUCAAUUCGUGACUGUUUAGGGUUCUUAAAACAUGAAGCAGCAUCAUGGUUUAACACGAAUGAUUACGUCAUAGCACCCGCUGAAUACCACAGGCGUGCCAUGACUUGAUCAAACUUUAAUAUUCUUUUCAUAAAACUAUGUUUCAAAAUUACUUUUACAACAUUUUUUUUGAUUUGUUUUAAGCAAAGAAAUAAUAUGAACAGCAAAAUCUAAUAUUUGUUUUUUUUUUACAUUUGGCACAAAAUGCACUGAAAGUAGGAGAUAUUUUAUUGUUUCUGUUAAAUAACACACAUGUUUUCCUAAUUAAUAUAUCUUUUUCUUCCAAUUGCUUUUCUUUCUUUAUUAGCAAUAACUCAAUAAAAUAUCCUAAAGAUCUACACCCAGUAAACAAGUUACAUAGUUUAUUAGUUUCAAGUUUUCUUAGUUUUUUUAUUUUAUUUUCAAACCUUUAUAUACUUUACA